AUGAAGUUCAUGAAACUUGGAUCGAAGCCCGACCUGUUUCAGGCGGAUGGGGAGAAUAUCAGGUAUGUAGCAUCAGAGCUGGCAACUGACAUGGUUGUCAGUGUUGGGGAAGUCAAGUUUUAUGUCCACAAGUUCCCUCUGCUCUCCAAGAGCUCCCACCUCCAGAAGCUCGUGGCUGCCACAACCGAUGAGGUUGACAUCCAUGACAUCCCAGGUGGGCCUGCUUCCUUCGAGAUAUGCGCUAAGUUCUGCUACGGUAUGGUCGUGACCCUCAAUCCCUACAAUGUGGCAGCUGCCAGGUGUGCAGCCGAGUACCUCGAGAUGUACGAGACGGUCGAUAAAGGAAAUCUAAUCUACAAAAUCGAUGUUUUCCUCACAUCCAGUGUCCUCCGCAGCUGGAAGGACUCAAUAAUCGUGCUCCGUACCACAGCUCCCCUUUUCCCUUGGUCUGAGGAGUCGAAAAUCGUGAGCCGUUGCCUGGACUCAGUUGCGGCCCGUGUCUCGACCGACCCCUCGCGGGUCGACUGGUGGGUUGAGGACCUGUGCUCGCUCCCGGUUGAUCUGUACAAACGGGUCGUGACCACGAUACGGGCGAAGGGGAAAGUGCCGGAGGAUGUGAUAGUUGAGUCACUCAGGGCGUACGUUCUGAAGCGGGUCCCACUGCUUCUCAGCAAAGGGGCCGAUGUCCCGAGGUGCUCGUAUUUGGUAGACACGAUCAUUGGUUUGCUACCGACCGAAAAAAACUUCUGCACGGGGGGCUGCGAUUUUCUGCUGAGGCUAUUGCAAGCAUCGAUUGUUUUUGGAUGUGUGGAGUCUGGCAGAAGGGAGCUCACGAGAAAAAUUGUUGUUCGGUUGGGUGAGGCUCGUGUGGACGAUUUUCUGAUCCGUUCUUCGAGUGGAGAGACGGGCGUAUACGAUAUAGAUGUUGUUCGGGAAUUGGUCGAGGGUUUCGUGAUGGGAGGAGAAUAUGGAGAUGGUGAAUCUAAGGCUAAGGUGGCCCGACUGGUUGAUGGGUACCUAGCCGAGGUUGCUAGGGACCCAUCUUUGCCUUUUUCGAAGUUUGUGGGGUUAGCUGAGAUGGUUUCGGGCUUCCCUAGAUCGAGUCACGAUGGAAUUUACCGUGCAGUCGACAUGUUCCUCAAGGAACACCCGUCGUUGAGCAAGAGCGAGAAAAAGAGAGUGUGCCGGCUAAUGGACUGCAAGAAGCUGUCGGCCGAUGCGUGUGCGCACGCUGUACAGAACGAGCGGCUCCCCAUGCGAGUGGUGGUGCAGGUGCUCUUCUUCUGCGAUCAGGCCCGUUUGGCUUCCGGGCCCAACACUCCCGGGCCAGCACAUGGAUCGUACACGAGCUCCACCACUGACACAUCUGAGGACUGGGACACUUCGGAGGACAGGGUAAAUGAGAGGAUAUCGGUUGAGGGUAGAGUGAAAGGGAGGAACAUUCUGUCCAGGCUCUGGUCCAGGCGGCACCCAGGGGAGACGAGCGGUUCAGACACGUCGGAAAAAAAGUGA